AAAUAUUUCUUUCAUGCUGAUGAAAAGCCUUGUAUAUUCAUAGCUGGUGACAUCAUUUUUAUUUCAGAAAAAUAUAUAGUAGAAAAUUUCGAACAAUGUGUUACUGUUGGAUAUGCAAGUACUCUUGAUUCUGAAAACUCUACUCAUGAAUUCGAUAUUCCUUUGUGUGCUCCACACUCUGAUGACAUUAAAUCCAUUACUACUGAAACACUACUAAAACAUCCUGUAUUUGUGACUUCUUCUACUUCUUCUGUUAAACAUAAUACUACUAUCACCAAUGCUAAUCAAAAUUAUAUUGAUUUGGAUGUUCAAAGUAAAGAAAAGGAAAAGCACUUAGAUUGUAGUAUUAAUGAAAAAGCUACAGAACUAUAUGAAGUUGAAAAUUUUUAG